UACGUCUCAAAUCGAAUUAGUGCAAAUUGGAUGGUGGACGAGGCAUUUUCGUGCCACAUGAAUCAACAUUUUCUCCAGAAAGACUCGUGCGACAGUUGAAUCUGGGCAUUUGUGCUGUGUAGAAGCAAAAAUCGUUGAGAAAAAUUUUUUUUUCUUCAGUGAUAAGAAGUUAUUUCUUUGUGCUUUUGUUGUGACUAUUUGUCGUCGUGAAAUUGAAAAGGAGAAAGUGAAAACAGGAUAAAAAUGAAGAAUCUCCUUUUGCCACUCUUCACAGCAACUCUCAUUGUUGCCGUUCGUUCGGAUUAUGCCAAUAUUUUCCGUGAUUGUGGAUCAAAGGCGGGAUCAUUCUCAAAGGUUGAAGUGACCAAUUGUGAUCCCAAUCAUCCUCCGUGUAUCCUCAAACGCAAUACAAAUGCAACAAUUUGCAUUGAAUUCACACCAAACGUUGAAUGCGGUGAAAUAACAGCUGUUGUACAUGGAGACCUCAUGGGCGUUAGUGUGCCCUUCCCCAUUUCAAAUCCCAACGCCUGCACCAGUGCUGGUGUGGAUUGUCCCGUCAAACCAGGCACCACCUAUCGCUACACUGCGACGCUUCCUGUUCUCAAGAGCUACCCGAAGGUGAAAGUUGACGUGAAAUGGGAGCUUAAGGAUUCACACAACAAUGACAUUGUUUGCGUUAUUAUUCCCGCAAAGGUUGAUUGAGGAUUGAGAUUGAAAUUUUAACUUAAUCUUCUAAACAUUCCAAAGAAUUUUUUUUUUCAAAUCUCUGCUUAUUAUUAAGAAUCAGAGGGAGAGAGGAAUAAAAAGUUAAAAUUGGCUGAAAGA